AUGAGUGACGCUGUAGAAAUCCUAAAAUCAGUCCAGAUAGGUUUAAAUGUCGUCAUAUUUCUUCUGAACACUGAUCGUGGCCUGCAAGUGACUGAGUUAUGUAAUGAAUGUGUAAUUCUACUUCAAAACCUGUACUCUGGUAGUCACGCGAUCUCUGGUUACACAUGUGCGGAAAGACGAGCCACCAAACUUCUCGACACAUUUAACCAUGCUGGGAGACUAACUAGAGAACUAGGAGACAAAUAUCAAGCACAAAGCCGGUUUGUAGAGGCAAAGCAACUCUAUAAAGGCGCGCUCAACAUCUGGAAAACAAUUGGUCACAAAAGAGAAGAAGUAGCGGUUCAUCUUAGACUUGGUAUUGUCUGUGAUAGCGUCAGUGAAUAUCAGAAGGCUAAAGAAUAUCUCGAUAAAGCACUUGCCAUCACAAUAGAAAUUGGCGACAGAGAUGGAGAAGGAAAAACAUGCGGAAGCCUCGGAGCUGUGCUUUAUUCCCUCGGCGAAUAUCAGAAGGCUAAAGAAUAUCUCGAUAAAGCACUUGCCAUCACAAUAGAAAUUGGCGACAGAGAUGGAGAAGGAAAAACAUGCGGAAGCCUCGGAGCUGUGCUUUAUUCCCUCGGCGAAUAUCAGAAGGCUAAAGAAUAUCUCGAUAAAGCACUUGCCAUCACAAUAGAAAUUGGCCACAGAUAUGGAGGAGGAAGAACAUACGGAAACCUCGGUAAUGUGUUUCAUUCCCUUGGCGAAUAUGAGAAGGCUAAAGAAUAUCACGAGAAAGCACUUGCCAUCGCAAUAGAAAUUGGCGACAGAAAUGGAGAAGGAACAACAUACGGGAACCUCGGAGGUGUGUUUGAUUCCCUUGGCGAAUAUCAGAGGGCUAAAGAAUAUUACGAGAAAGCACUUGCCAUCGCAAUAGAAAUUGGCGACAGAAAUCGAGAAGGAGCAACAUACGGGAACCUUGGUAAUGUGUUUCAUUCCCUUAGCGAAUAUGAGAAGGCUAAAGAAUAUUACGAGAAAGCACUUGCCAUCGCAAUAGAAAUUGGCGACAGAAAUGGAGAAGGAACAACAUACGGGAACCUCGGAAAUGUGUUUCAUUCUCUUGGCGAAUAUGAGGAGACUAAAGAAUAUCAAGAGAAAGCACUUGCCAUCGCAAUAGAAAUUAGCGACAGAAAUGGAGAAGGCACAAGACACGGAAACCUCGGAAAUGUGUUUCAUUCCCUUGGCGAAUAUGAGAAGGCUAAAGAAUAUUACGGGAAAGCACUUGCCAUCGCAAUAGAAAUUGGUGACAGAAAUGGAGAAGGAACAAGGCACGGGAACCUCGGUAAUGUGUUUCAUUCCCUUGGCGAAUAUGAGAAGGCUAAAGAAUAUUACGAGAAAGCACUUGCCAUCGCAAUAGAAAUUGGCGACAGAAAUGGAGAAGGAACAACAUACGGGAACCUCGGAAAUGUGUUUCAUUCUCUUGGCGAAUAUGAGGAGGCUAAAGAAUAUCAAGAGAAAGCACUUGCCAUCGCAAUAGAAAUUAGCGACAGAAAUGGAGAAGGCACAAGACACGGAAACCUCGGAAAUGUGUUUCAUUCCCUUGGCGAAUAUGAGAAGGCUAAAGAAUAUUACGGGAAAGCACUUGCCAUCGCAAUAGAAAUUGGUGACAGAAAUGGAGAAGGAACAAGGCACGGGAACCUCGGUAAUGUGUUUCAUUCCCUUGGCGAAUAUGAGAAGGCUAAAGAAUAUUACGAGAAAGCACUUGCCAUCGCAAUAGAAAUUGGCGACAGAAAUGGAGAAGGAACAACAUACGGGAACCUCGGAAAUGUGUUUCAUUCUCUUGGCGAAUAUGAGGAGGCUAAAGAAUAUCAAGAGAAAGCACUUGCCAUCGCAAUAGAAAUUGGCGACAGAAAUGGAGAAGGAACGAGACACGGAAACCUCGGAAAUGUGUUUCAUUCCCUUGGCGAAUAUGAGAAGGCUAAAGAAUAUUACGGGAAAGCACUUGCCAUCGCAAUAGAAAUUGGUGACAGAAAUGGAGAAGGAACAAGGCACGGGAACCUCGGUAAUGUGUUUCAUUGCCUUGGCGAAUAUCAGAGGGCUAAAGAAUAUUACGAGAAAGCACUUGCCAUCGCAAUAGAAAUUGGCGACAGAAAUCGAGAAGGAACAACAUACGGGAACCUCGGUAAUGUGUUUCAUUCCCUUAGCGAAUAUCAGAAGGCUAAAGAAUAUUACGAGAAAGCACUUGCCAUCGCAAUAGAAAUUGGCGACAGAAAUGGAGAAGGAACAACAUACGGGAACCUCGGAAGUGUGUUUCAUUCUCUUGGCGAAUAUGAGAAGACUAAAGAAUAUCAAGAGAAAGUACUUGCCAUCGCAACAAAAAUUGGGGACAGGAAAGGAAAAGGCCUAGCAUACUUGAAACUUGGAAAUGUUUACGCUCAGCUUCAUGAAAACUUGCAAGCUAAAAAACAUUUGAAGGAAGCAGUCCGCGUCAGUAUUGCAAUUGGUAACAGAGAACUAGAAGCCUUGGCUAGUGUAUGUUUGGCACAUGUCUCUGCUUCUGUGAAUGACAGUCAGAAGGCAAAAGAACAUUGUGAGAAGGCGCUCACAAUCAACAGAGAAUGUGGCAAUAGAGAGUUCGAAGCACGACUUUACCUUCGCCUUGGAGCACUAUUCCAGUCAUUUGGUGAAUGUGGCAAGGCAGCAGAUUAUUUACAGAAAGCUUGCUUCAUAAGCAGCCAAAUUGGAGACAAAAUGACUGAGUUUCAGAGCCUUCUCGGGCUUACAACGUUAAAGAUAUUGCAGUCGGAGGCUGUGGAGGCGAUGAAAUAUCUUCUUCAGUGUAUUGGAAAAUAUGAACAAAUCAGAACUCAUCUGAAAGGAAACAGUGGAUUUCAAAUCUCUUUGUUAGAGAAACGCGGUACUUUUCCUUACAAGUUACUCACUGACUUGCUUUGUUGUAAUGGAAAGUUUCGAGAUGCUCUCUAUGUUGAGGAGCUGGGACGAGCAAGAGUCCUCUCGGAAUUCAUGGCAGACAAGUACCCCGUGGAAAGCCAUAUCUCAGCUGAUCCACACUCAUGGUCCGGAAUUGAAAACAUCGCGAAAAGAGAAAGUAACUCUGUUUUUUUGUACAUUUCGUAUAUUGAUCGGCAAGUUCUUCUUUGGGUAUUGAAACCAAAUGGAGAUAUUUGCAUUCGAAAAACAGACGAAGUGAAACUAGAGACUCUUAUUGCUGAGCAAGUUUGCGAAGUGGGAGGAGUUUUCAAAAAGAGCGCCGCCUGCUUUGGUGUUUUACCCGCAGCGAACUGCGAAGACCGAUCGCUGGAUGACAACGAGACGACAUCUCUUCAUGAAGAGAGCCAAGCAAAAUUGCGAGGUGACGAAACCAAAGAUACCGGAAGAAGUCAUCAUUUGUGCUACCAAUGGAUCAUCGCACCUGUGGCAGAUUUACUUACAGAGCCCGAAAUCAUCAUUGUACCGGACCGUUUCUCGUACCGAGUCCCAUUUGCUGCCUUGCGUGAUGAACCAGCCGGAAAGUAUUUAUCGGAGAAGUACAGAAUACGCAUCGUUCCUUCAUUGACGACUCUCCGGCUCAUUCAAGAAUGUCCAGCAGACUAUCACAGUCAAACCGGUUUACUGGUUGUGGGUGAUCCUACGGUUGGCAAAGUGCAUUACAAUGGACGUCUCACUGACAUUACUUCAUUGUUCUAUGCAAGGAAGGAAGCAGAGAUGGUUGGUCAACUACUGGGCGUUCAGCCUUUGUUAGGAAGUCGCGCAACAAAGCCGGCGGUUCUUGAAGCAGUACCCUGA